AAAUUUCGGGAGAUUAAUUCACGGCACUGUUUCUUGAUUUUAUUACGCUUUUGUUCGAGAACUCAGAUUUCGGAACCCAUGCUUUUAAAGCAUAGGUCUCGAAGUCUCAGGCAUUAAGCCACGCCCCUUUACUUUCAGGUCUCGAAUUCUUUGUUUUUAGAUCAUGGACUCCGAGACUCUAAAGCAUGUAAAAAUUGAAGCUCUAAAAUCACGCGCUUCCGUGAAUGAACUUCUUAAAAUGUCUAUCCGUGUUAGAACAAAAUAUUGAAAAUUUAAAAUGAAAUAUCAAACAAUUCAGUAUUCAAACAAUACUAUUACAUUCAUAGGUCACUAAAUCGUGUUCACUUUAGGGCAACUUUUUUCUGAUGAUCUACUUUCCCUUAUUGUUAAGUAUAUUUUUCCACAAAUUAUCGUAGGUCGUGGAGUAGAGUUUCCUUGGUUACAAACAAUCACAACACCCCGUUGAAGUGACGUAACUCGUAACAUUGUACGUCGACGAACUCCCUCAACGAAUCACAAAAGUGCUCUCUUCCCUUGAUUAGUUUAGUGUCAUGAGUUUCUUCGGACAAUGUACAAUUUAUUCCGAAACUUUAAAUAUCUAAAUAUAUGCAACAACUUCCAAAUUGUGUACAUUCAAACAGUGAUACCAAAACCGAAAAUUGAAUUUAUAAUUUCAAGAUGAAAAAUUCUUUUUAUGGAUUUAGUAGAUGGUGGAUUUUUAUGUUAAUUCUCUUCGAAAUCAGCCAGAACGGCGAAGCAUUAGACUGUUUCAAAUGUGUUUCAAUCGGCGGAGAUAAUAAAGCCUGCGACGACCCAUUUCAUAAUAAUGGAAGUCUGGAGUUUCUGGAAUCGCCUUGCUUAGGAGGUCGUAAAAACCGAGAUGGUCUUUUUCCUGCAACUGCUUGUGUUAAAAUAGCAGGAAUUUACGACGAAUCUGGAGAAUCUUUAACAAUAAGAAGCUGUGCUUUAGAUAGUGGAACUUUAACAACAGAUUCUGAGCUGAUACGAAUGUCUCACUGUGGGGGCUUUUACUUCGAUAAUAAGUAUGUUAGGGGUUGUGUUCAAUCAUGCAAUGAUGCUGAUGCAUGUAAUUUAGCUGAUAUAAAUUCAGCGCCUACAAACCUACUUUUCAUAUGUUGUUUUAUAAUGAAAUACUUUUCAAUUCUGAAUUAAGUUUAAUAUAUGAUCUUUUACGUGAAAUUUAAACAUCAAUACAAACCGUUAUUCACACUAAAAUUUUGUUGUUGGUUAAGCUGACAUUUAAAUUCUUACUUAUCGUUUAAAUUUUCUACUGAAUUUCAGUAUGAAAUUGCGAAAAUUCAAGUUUUUAAAAAAUAUGUUGUUAUGUUGGUCCAAGUUACAAUUUUGUUUACCGCCGCAUGUAUUUAUUUUUGUGACUUAUUUUUUUCAGAUGUUUUAGACCAACAUCUAUUACAGUGAUAUAAGUACAUAUGUUAUUGUUAUUAGUGUUUCAAGCUGUUAUUCUGUUGUUAUAUACGAUUUUGUUGAGUAAAUAAAUCUUUGUUACAUUAUA